UAUGGCGGCUAGUUAGUGUUUAGUGUCAUUGAAGUAAAUGGUUAGUGUUCGAAAUCACUGUUUUGUUUUGUUUUUAAAUAAUAUACCUAAAUUCAUUUUGAAUGGAAGACGAAAAUUCAAAACGCAAAAGAAGGAGGCGGAAGAAGAAAAAAUCAAAAUCACUCUUCGUAAAAACUUUAGGAUUUGAGUCUAAAAACAAGGAUAACAGUGUAUCUCUAUUGAAAAAGUACAAUGUGACAAAUUGUAUAAAACCAUUUAUUGCUGGGACUCGUGCGAGUUCCCCACGUCAAAAUAUUAAAGACUCGAACCCAAAAGGAAACACGAGUAAAAAAAGGAAAGUGAAGUCUAAAAAUCGUGUCUUUAUAAACGACGUUGAUACGCUGCGUCUUAGUAAGCAUAGCAGUGGCAGCAAUUGUUUAAAAUAUUCAGAGACGUCAAGUUUGAAUCCAGAGGCUGUUGAUGCAAAAUUGAAUACGUCUGUAGAAACAUUUCCAGAUAAAAUGAGUAAUACUCCAACCAAAAGAGUAAGCUUCAAAGAAAAACUACAGAAAAAACUAGAGUCUGGCAGAUUCAGAUGGAUAAAUGAAAAAUUAUAUACCACAAAUAGUUUAUCUGCAUUUAAAAUGUUUAAAUCAGAACCAGAAUUAUUUGAUGUGUAUCAUAAUGGAUUUUCAAGUCAGAUUCAGAAGUGGCCAGUUAAUCCAGUUGACACAAUGAUAGAUUGGAUAAAGGAAAGAUCACCUCAAUUAAUUAUUGCAGACAUGGGUUGUGGUGAAGCUAAAAUAUCACAAAGUGUUCCAAAUAAAGUGUUUUCCUUUGAUUUUGUUGCAGUUAAUAGUUUUGUAACUGAGUGUGACAUGGCUAAGGUUCCUUUGGCAGAUGGGAGUGUUGAUGUUGUUAUUUUCUGUUUAUCAUUAAUGGGGACUAACCUUAAUGAGUUUUUGAAAGAAGCUCACAGAAUUCUGAAAUCAAAUGGGAUUUUAAAGAUCGCUGAAGUUGUUAGCAGAUUUGAAAGCUUGGGCAGUUUUGAAACAACAGUUUCUUGUCUUGGAUUUAAACUCCUUAUCAAGGAUACAACAAACAAGAUGUUUGUACAGUUUCAAUUCAAGAAAUUGUCCAAGAAACCUGAUAAAACAAAGACUGUGACAGUCUCCCUUAAACCAUGCUUGUACAAAAGACGGUAAUCGAGUCAUUUUCCAUUACUCUUCGCCAGUGCAAGCCUUUCAGAAUUUGUUCAGUCGUGUGCAGUCGUCGUGUGCUACUAGUGGCGGAAUUUCAAUUCAGUCCAGGAGUAAAUCUUCCCGAAUUUUCACAAUUUGUUAGCCUUCUCAAAGCCAAGGGCGGACCAUGCAUUGAAAGCGCAUUUUGUUGUUUUUUGGCAUUGGAAGAAUAUUUUGUCACCAGUUUUCCUACAUGAAUAUUUUUUCACAAAUACGAGAACGCGAAGGAAAUUUUAGCCUUAACUAAGGGAGCAUGGCAACAGAGCGGCAUUUAAUAUAACACUUGCAUGGUGCCUGUCAAGCGAGAAAAUGUUUACAAUUUGAAGCCUUUAGAUCCUCGAAAAUGGAGAAAUUUCCGCCACUGUGUGAAACGAGUUUGGAGAACGAAGCAAAAGCCCUUUUCACACUGUUUUAUUGUAUUUAAAGAUUGAGCAUAUUACACAUACUCAACAUGUAAGGUUGAAAUACAUCAAUUUUUC